GAGCUCUUAACCCCUGACCUCCAGAGCCUUGGCUCCAGGUCCAAGGCUUUAAGAAGCCUCAGCAGGUUAGCCCAGGAGGGGCGGGGUCCCGUGGUGGAGGCGGGGAGAGGGAAGAACCCGACGAAGCGCCAACCCCUGCUCGGCCCUGUACCAGGAAGCGCUGGGGCACAGGAGCGGAGUUGAGACACAAGCCAGGAUGGUGGUGACUUCGCUGAAGCUCCAGGAUCUAAUCGAGGAGAUCCGUGGGGCCAAGACCCAGGCGCAGGAGCGGGAGGUGAUCCAGAGGGAGUGCGCCCACAUCCGGGCCUCCUUCCGCGACGGGGACCCUGCGCAGAGGCACCGCCAGCUGGCCAAGCUGCUGUACGUCCACAUGUUGGGCUACCCCGCCCACUUUGGACAGAUGGAGUGUCUGAAAUUGAUCGCCUCCCCCAGAUUCACAGACAAGAGGGUGGGCUACCUGGGGGCCAUGCUUCUGUUGGAUGAGAGGCACGAUGCCCACCUACUCAUUACCAACAGCAUCAAGAACGACCUGAGCCAGGGCUUUCAGCCAGUACAAGGGCUGGCCCUGUGCACGCUGAGCACCGUGGGCUCUGCUGACAUGUGCCGGGACCUGGUCCCAGAGGUGGAGAAGCUGCUGCUGCAGCCCAGCCCGUACGUGCGGAAGAAGGCUAUCCUGACUGCAGUGCACAUGAUCCGGAAAGCCCCCGAGCUCUCUAGCGUCUUCCUCCCGCCCUGCACCCAGCUGCUUCAAGAGCACCACCAUGGCAUCCUGCUGACCACCAUGACACUGAUCACCGAGCUCUGUGAACGAAGUCCUGCAGCCCUCAGGCACUUCCGAAAGGUGGUGCCCCAACUGGUGCAGAUCCUCCGGACCCUCGUGACCACCGGCUACUCUGCAGAACACAGCAUCGCUGGAGUCAGCGACCCCUUCCUGCAGGUGCAGAUACUUCGUCUGCUUCGCAUUCUGGGCCGGAGCCACGAGGAGAGCAGCGAGGCCAUGAAUGACUUGCUGGCCCAGGUGGCCACUAACACAGACACCAGCUGCAAUGCGGGCAGCGCCAUCCUGUUUGAGACCGUGCUCACCAUCAUGGACAUCCGCUCUGCAGCCGGCCUGCGGGUCCUAGCUGUCAACAUUCUUGGCCGCUUCCUGCUCAACAGUGACAAGAACAUUAGGUAUGUGGCCCUGACAUCGCUGCUGCGGCUGGUGCAGUCCGACCACGGGUCCGUGCAGCGGCACCGGCCCACGGUGGUGGAGUGUCUGCAGGAAACCGACGCCUCCCUCAGCCGGCGGGCCCUGGAGCUGAGCUUGGCCCUGGUGAAUAGCUCAAAUGUGCGAGCCAUGAUUCGGGAGCUGCAGGCCUUCCUGGAGUCCUGCCCGCCUGACCUCCGGGCUGACUGUGCCUCGGGCAUCCUGCUGGCUGCGGAAAGGUUCGCUCCAAGCAAACGGUGGCACAUAGACACCAUCCUGCACGUGCUGACAACGGCAGGCACCCAUGUGCGGGAUGACGCAGUGGCCAACCUGAUCCAGCUGAUUGGGGGGGCCCGGGAGUUACACGCCUACUCAGUGUGCCGCCUCUACAGUGCCCUGGCAAAUGAUAUCUCCCAGCAACCGCUGGUGCAGGUGGCAGCCUGGUGCAUUGGGGAAUUUGGGGACCUCUUAUUAGAGGGAAACUGCGAGGAAACUGAACCCCUUCAGGUGGAAGAAGAGGAGGUGUUGGCACUGUUGGAAAAGGUGCUGCAGUCCCAUCUGUCCCUGCCAGCCACCAGAGCCUACGCCCUCACGGCCCUCAUGAAGCUCAGCACCCGGUUCCGCGGGGACAACAACCGCAUCCGCCAGGUGGUGUCCAUCUACGGGAGCUGCGUGGACGUGGAGCUGCAGCAGCGGGCUGUGGAGUAUAACACGCUCUUCCGGAAGUACGACCACAUGAGGGCUGCCAUUCUUGAAAGGAUGCCUCUGGUGGAGCGAGGCGGCACUCGGGUUGAAGAGGAAGAAAAGGAAAGCAACAAGGCUGCCCAGCUUUCGGAAGCCGCGGCCCCUGUCCCCGCAGAGCCCCAGGCCUCCAAGCUCUUGGAUCUGCUGCACCUCCUGGAUGGCUCUUCUGGGGAGGCCCCGUGCCCGCCUCCUCAGGAUCCCCCCCCUGGAGGCACCUUAGUACACCUCCUCGACCUUCCCUGUGCACCUGCACCCCCAGCUGCCAUCCCCGACUGCAAAGCGUUUGAGCGUGAUGGGGUACAGCUGAACCUCUCUUUCAUUCGACCACCUGAAACUCCUGCUUUGCUCCUGAUCACCGUCACCACCACCAACUCCUCGGGGGGUGACGUCACCCAUUUCACCUGCCAGGCUGCUGUGCCCAAGAGUUUGCAGCUGCAGCUGCAGGCCCCCAGUGGGGACACGGUUCCAGCUCGGAGCAGCCUGCCCAUCACCCAGCUUUUCAGAAUCCUCAAUCCUAACAAGGCCCCCUUGCGGCUGAAGCUGCGCCUCACCUAUCACCACCUUGGCCAGUCCGUCCAGGAGACCUUUGAGGUGAACAACUUGCCUGUGGAGACCUGGCAGUAACUCCCCAUGUAUCCCAAACCCUUGGAGCCACAACAGCUUGAGGCCUACACCUGAGGUUGACCAGCAGGUGGCGCUCCGGCCCUGUGUUUGCCACUGCAAAAACUGGGGGGAGGGGGUGGUCCCUUCCCCCACAAAUAAUGAAAGCCCAAUAAAGCCUGAAGGGGUUGGAAAGCCA